UCGAUAUGUUAGCGGGGAAUCCAUUUCCUCCAUAUUGGAAAUUCACCUCGUGGUUUGGGCUUGUUGAUUCUAUGGGAUUUGUCACUUGCCGUUACGUUUAGGUCACCUAAACAAUACCAAAAUGCCUACCAACAACCCUUUACCUCCAAAAGAAAACAAUUUCUUCAAGAGAAUUUUGAAAUGUUACGAGCAAAAGCAGUACAAGAAUGGGCUGAAAUUUGCCAAACAGAUUCUGACAAAUCCCAAGUAUUCAGAACAUGGAGAGACCCUGGCCAUGAAGGGCCUGACACUGAACUGUCUUGGUAGGAAGGAGGAGGCCUAUGACCAUGUGCGGCGGGGACUGAGGAACGACCUUCGCAGUCAUGUCUGUUGGCAUGUGUAUGGUUUGCUACAGCGAUCCGAUCGGAAAUAUGAUGAGGCCAUCAAGGCUUACAGGAACGCACUCAAGUGGGACAAGGAUAACCUGCAGAUCUUGCGAGAUCUGUCCUUGUUACAGAUACAGAUGCGAGACUUGGAGGGCUACAGAGACACACGUUACCAACUGCUUGUUUUGCGGCCUGGACAGCGUGCAUCCUGGAUUGGCUAUGCCAUGUCUUAUCAUCUCCUGAAGGACUAUGAUAUGGCCUUCAGUAUCAUUGAGGAGUUCCGCAAGACACAAAUGCCAAAACCACUGGACUAUGAGCACAGUGAACUCCUCAUGUAUCAGAAUCUUGUACUGCGUGAAUCGGGACUGAAUUCAGAAGCAUUUAGCCAUUUAGAAAAAUAUGAAAAACAAAUUGUAGACAAGUUAGCUGUUCAAGAAAUUAGAGGUGAACUGUACCAGAAGUUGGGCAGGCACGAAGAAUCUGCUGAAGUAUACAGAGAUCUGAUCAAGAGAAAUCCAGAGAAUUGGGGCCAUUACAAGAUGCAUGAAGAGGCUGCGAAACCUAAAAGUGUAGAAGAACGUCUCCAGUUGUAUAUGGAUAUAGAAAAAGAUUUUCCACGCGCCUCCGCCCCAAAGAGGCUUCCACUGGCCUUUACCACAGGAAACACGUUUAUUAGUUUAUUGGAUACCUAUCUGAGAAAAGCUUUCCACAAAGGGGUACCGCCACUGUUUGUCACACUUAAAUCUCUAUACACAGACCCCAACAAGGUGAAAGUGGUUGAGGAAAUAGUAUUGGGUUACAUGGAGAGCCUAAAGAAGGUGGAAAAGUUUGAUGAAACUGAUGAGGGUGAGUUGGAGCCACCCACUUCUUUGGUGUGGGUUUACUACUUCCUUGCCUCACAUUUUGACCAUCAGGGCAACACAACGCGGGCGAUGGAAAUUAUCAACACAGCCCUAGAACACACGCCACUACUCAUAGAGCUAUACGCUCUGAAGGCAAAGAUACAUAAGCAUGCGGGUGAUAUAGAGGAAGCAAUGCGAUUGAUGGACGAGGCCCAAUCCCUGGACACUGCCGACCGUUACAUCAACUCCAAGUGUGCCAAGUACAUGCUCAAGGCUAACCUCAUCACUGAGGCCGCUGAUAUGUGCUCCAAAUUCACACGUGAGGGUGUGUCUGCUAUGGACAACUUGAACGAGAUGCAGUGCAUGUGGUUCCAGACAGAAUGUGCGGCCACACACCAACGCACAGGCAAGUGGGGAGAGUCUCUAAAGAAGUGUCAUGAAAUUGACAGGCACUUCACAGAGAUAAUUGAGGACCAGUUUGACUUCCAUACAUAUUGCAUGAGAAAGAUGACGUUACGAGCCUACAUAGGAUUGCUGCGCCUUGAGGAUGUGCUUCGCAAUCAUCCUUUCUACUACAAAGCAGCAAAAAUAGCAAUAGAGAUAUAUCUUCACUUGAAUGAUCACCCGCUGGCUGAGAACGAAACAGACAAUUCCUUAGACACGGAAAAUCUUACACCAAGUGAAUUGAAAAAAUUACGAAAUAAGCAGCGAAAAGCUGCAAAAAAGGCCCAACAGGCCAAGGAAAAACAGAAAGCAGAACAGGACAAAAAAGAGCAACAGAGCAAAAAGCAGCAGGAUGGCGAGAUGGAUGGGCCUAAGGAGGAAGAAUUGAUCCCUGACAAACUGGCCAGGACUGAAGAACCACUGGAACAGGCCAUCCGCUUCCUAAAGCCGCUACAGAUGUUAGCAAAGGACAAAAUACAAACCCAUAUAUUUGCUUUUGAAAUUUAUAGUAGAAAGGGUAAACACCUGUUAAUGUUACAAUCACUAAAACGAGGCCGCCGUAUCGACUCUGACGACCCUCAGUUACAUAUUUGUUUACUGAGGUUUUUACAAAAAGUGACUAAGAAGGGAGCAAUACCAGAUGCUGUCAAAAAGGUGUUAGAAAUGGAAACGUUACCACUUCAUCAAGGAAAAGAUGUAAAAACACUCAACAUAGAGUACAUCUCACGGAAUAGCAGCUCGCUAUUACACAGAUUAGCAGGUGCUAGGAUGAUGUAUGAAUUAGAUUCCUCAGAAAUAGUACAGAAAAAAGCAUUAGAAAUGGCCAUAAGUCUUUCUGAGGAUUUAAAAGGAAUCAGUAUAAAGAAUUGUAUAGAAGUGUUGGAAGCAAUGUGCCGAGGAGACUUUGGUGAGUGUGAGAGCGUUGCACAAGACUAUCAGGCGCGGUGCCACAGCCUUUUCCCGCUCUCUCCUUCCUUUAUUAUUCCCGCCAGCAGUCAACCAGACCAGAUUGUUGCCAAUGGAGCCGCCUCCUAGAAAAGAGUUUUAUCAAGGGGAAUAAUCCGCCUCAUUUGUGCUGAAUUAGGACAGCUUUCUUAUAACAGAAAACUCCCAAAUCAUAGCAGGUAAUUACUCUACAGGCAUUUCACUUGAGUUAGGAGGACACAUGAUCAACACCACUAUGUUUACCUUGUGAUCAAACCAUGGAAGUGGCCGCCCAGAACAGUGAUGGCAUUGAAUCACAUUACAUUGUGGCACCGUUUGUUAGAAAUGUGUCAACAUCUACGAUGACAGUGUCACAGAAAAAUCCACAGGCAUGCCACAAAGAUACCUUGUGACCACUGUGCACAUUUCUGUAGGGAACACUGUAGCUGCUUGUGUGUGGACACUGGUGUGAUUGGGUGAUGUUUGACAAUAGCGUAUGUGGAUGAAAGUGUCGCCAUACACAACGUCCAGGCUUCCAGGCUCAAUGAACAAAGGCAGGAUUAGCCAACAGUAAAUGGCAAAAAACAGUUAACCAUUUUCAAGUGUUAUUUUUGUGCAAACCUUUUUUCCCCACACUAAUGACUUCCCACUAAAUUAUUUGCUCAAGUGCGAUCAGGGAAGAUGCUGCAUAUUGCGUGCUGUGACUGUCACUCACUGGAUCUGGGGACCAUGCUCACUCGUCCAAACUGAGCACUAACAUUAGGAGUGAUGGCCUGAACCAGCACACACUCGUAAGCAAGAACUGAGCCAAUCAGAACACACCUGUUAGCUUGCCACAGAAAUUCCUCACCACAUCAGCCACGUUGUUGAUUUCCAAGGAUAGACAAAUCUUUUUUUUAAGUUAUUUUAUAGAAACUAGUAUUAUCCAUGUGUUCGUUUUGCUACAUUAUAUUAACAGUUGUCUGUGUGACUCGAAAACCUGACUGUGAAACUUUUUUAAUGAACUUGACAGAUAUUUAUGCUGUGGAGGUAAUUAUGAUGAUACAGAGUAUCACUGUGAUUGUCCAGCGUUUGUCUCAUCCUGGCAUCGGUCACUAUGCUGAGUGUCCCAUGUUGUAAGAAUGUUUUUAGCUCACCUGGUCCGAAGGACCAUGUUGAGCUUAUGCCAAACUGCAGCGUCCGUCCGUCAACUUUUCCUUUAAAACGCUACUUGUCCUGAGCGGCCAAGUAGAUUUUGACUACAUUUGGUCUCGAGCAUCCUUAGGCCUAGGGAACUUAAUUUUGUAUAAAUGGUGGGUGUGGCCCCUCUGGGGGCAGAAGGGCGGCCCCAAAUAGGGGAAAUAGAGGUAAAACCUUUAAAAACCUUCUUUUACCAUAGGGAUAAAGGGAUUUUAUCAUAAUUUAGUCUGGAGCAUCCUUUGGCCAAGGGGAUAUAGCAUAAACAUAGCAAAUUCUUCAAAAUCCUCCUUUUCCUGUAGAAAUGACCGGAUUUUGUCCAAUUGCAUAUAAAUAUAACCCCUUACUAACCAUGUAAUACAUGUUCACUACCGGCAACAUCUCGCUAUUCCAACUUCAAUUUUGCUAACAUUUCCAGGUGAGCGAUACAGGCCCUUUGGGAGUCUUGUUUAUUGAGUGUGAUGAUGAACAAAAGUGUGGCCUGAGUUGAAAGUGUUGGUACCACCACCUCUACAUUAGUGUGCCAUGUGAUCAUGUCAAUGAUAUCACUGGUGUAGGGCUGUGAUACUGAUGGUACGCUUGUUAUUUAGCCAUCAACCGAUUACUGACAUAUAUAUACUUUGGUCACUUACGUUGCCAAAUCUCCAUGUCAUCGCUUUCAAAUCAUUUAUCAAACAAUUAUGACUUUAAUAGGAGAAGUGCAUGCCAAUAUUUACCUGAAAAUAUCAUGCUGCUCUUGCAUGCAAAAUAUGGUCAUUUGGGAAAUUUCUUACUGCUUCAAGGGGUUUUUCCAUUUUUUAUUCUGACGAGGUAACUAGUUCUGAUGUCUUCAUACUUACAUAUCCAUGAAAGCAGAUUAAAAUUAAUUUCUGUCAAGAUAAAACCAGUCUGCUUGCAGACAAAAAUUAUAGUACAGUACAUUGUUGAUUGGAUUAUAGUUUGUCAAGUGAAAGUAUUGUGGAAAAUUGUCCAGACAUCUAUACUUAUUGUAGACAUACAACAAGAUAGGCAUAAAACAAAUGUCUGGCACAACAGGGUGAUAUAUAAUAUGGAAAUCAAAUAAAACUGUUUAGUUGACAAUGAAAACUCAAGGUGUUUUUUUUAAGUUAUUAAUUUCUCAAACAUUGAAGUGUUCUCCGCUGUAAGAGGCCCGACACAAGUUGGUUUAAUGUUGAAAAAUGAGUUAAGUGGUGUAGCUUCUGCCAACUGGAGUUUGGUACAAGUCUUUCUAAAUCAUCAGACAUCAGUCCUGAUUAUGAACAGACCACCGAUAACUUGACCUAUCUAUAAAGACCAUCACUAAUUCAAAAACAAAAUAAAAAUUACUUGAUUUAUUCAACAGUAAAUUGUGUGAUAAAUAUUUUCAUUUUGGGGAUUGAUCACGGAUUCAAAAAAAUUGCAAUAUUUAUUCAAACACACUUAAGGUAGAGAGUUCCAUCACUUCUCUGUGCUAAAGUUAUUUUCCUAGUAAAUUAAUGUUAUUUCCUCUAUAUUCUUUCAAAACAAGUUAUAGAUUUAUAGGGAGCUAGAACAGUCUAAAAUGUUGCUGAAAUGUAAAAACAUAAAGUAUAUCAUAACUGAUAACGCAGUGGAAAAGAUUAAUCUGCUUUAGAAAUAAAAGAAAUGUUUUUGGGGGAAGAAAGAAAAAUAUUUUUUUGGUACAUAACCCUUUAUAUCAAUUCAAGCAACUCAAAGUUAGAAAAUGCAGAUCAUUGGAGAUAUAACAACAGUACUAAGAUUCUCUAAGCAACGGCUAUCUACCUGUUCACUAAGAAGUUAUAUGAAGUACAAAUACGAUAAAUUAGAAGUGAAUUACAGUAUAGUAAAAGUUGUUGUAUUCCAAACGGUUUGACCAGUUAGACCAGAUUUAUACGUUUAUGAAACAGGAAAGGGCCUAUUGGUCUAAUGUUUUGUAUGCGAGCCUUAAAAAACUUACAAGGCCACAUCAGUAAACAGGCUUCACUCCAGAAAAAUCUGCUUUUGGAAACAGAUGAAGGUGUCUUUUCCCGUACAUAAAAAACACCCAAGGUGGUUAUUGUAGACUGGUGUUAUACCGACGGUAAUCAUCAACAGGUGUUUUUAUUAUAUAUGCAAGUGUUCAUUUUCAAUAUGUCUGACUUUACAUAAUGUUGAUGUUAUAUAAAAUCUCAAGCAGCCUUAAAACAUAUUUUUUCUGUCAGUGAUAUGUUGAUGAGACUUAAAUCAGUACUGUAUUUACAAUCUGCUGUCCAUGGUAACCGAAGACUGGUGUGUGACCAGCAACAACCUCUGAUGCAGUCUCCAUGGUAACUAACAAACCAGUGUAGGUGAUUACACAAGUAUGUAGUCCAAGUGCUAAUGAAAUAAGGAUUUAUUUGACUAUAAAAUUAGUACUUCACUGAUCUUCUAUUCCGUCUUUGCGUAUUGCAGUUAUCUUCUCUUGUGAGCAGGUAUUGAUUGUUACGUCAUUGGUUUGUGUGAGAAAAUUACGUUGUUUUCUCAAAAAUUGAUGAUACAAUCAGUACCUGCUCACAAGUCCAGAUAACUCUGCAAUACGAAAAGACGGAAUAGACUGAUAGUCAUUUGUCGGAAAAUAACACAAAACACAUUUGAUCUAGCAUACCACCAUUAAGAUUGUUGCCGAUGACAGUAUUUUACCAUAGUGAUAUAUGACUGGAACCAAGGGUGAUAGUAAAACUACUGUUGAUAUAAGAAGUUGUAUUUGGGUGAAUAUUUUGCUAUGGCAACUACAAUUUGCAAUGCAGUUGCCAUGAAGGCCCGAUAAAGUGGUGUGGUUGCUAUGGUGAUGUAUGGGUAUGCAAGAGAGAUUAUACGGAUGAAUUUAUCCUGGGAUAGUUACAUGAAAUAAAACACACUUUCUAUCUACAAACCUA